CUCUGGGGCAGCCCGACGCCCCAUCGCUCUCUCUCUCUGCCCACCUACUGUGAGGAGCAGCUCCUCCCACCUGCCCAUAAAAGCCAAGUGCAAGUUACCAGAGGUUCAGAGCACUUCCCGGUCCUCUCCGUGGGAGCCCAAGCGCCUGUCUCCCAGAUCUUACGUGCUCAAGGAGCUGUUCUAGAGGUAGAGUAAAUCACGUGAGGAGAUAGAAGCCAGCCCCAGGGGUGCUAUAGGAAGACUCAAGCAAAGACACUGGUCCCUCCAUUUCACUGGCCCACCAAGCCUAAAUAUGAUGGCUGUGCCACCCAGUCCUCUGCAUCUGCUGGGAAUACUGCUCACCAUUUCCCUGAGCUCCAUCAGGUUCAUUCAGGCGGGUGCCUAUUAUGGAAUCAAGCCGUUGCCGCCUCAAAUUCCUCCUCAGAUACCACCACAAAUUCCACAAUACCAGCCCCUGGGCCAGCAAGUACCUCACAUUCCUUUGGGCAAAGAUGGCCUUGCCAUGGGCAAGGAGCUGCCCCACAUGCAGUAUGGCAAAGAGUAUCCACACCUACCCCAAUAUAUGAAGGAAAUUCAACCUGUGCCAAGAAUGGGCAAGGAAGUGGUACCCAAGAAAGGCAAAGCAGAAAUACCCUUAGCCAAUUUGCGAGGAGAACAAGGUCCCCGUGGAGAACCUGGCCCAAGAGGACCACCUGGGCCACCAGGUUUGCCAGGUCAUGGAAUACCUGGAAUCAAAGGAAAACCAGGGCCACAGGGAUAUCCAGGAGUUGGAAAGCCAGGUAUGCCUGGAAUGCCUGGGAAGCCAGGAGCCAUGGGAAUGCCUGGGGCAAAAGGCGAAAUUGGACCGAAAGGGGAAAUUGGGCCUAUGGGGAUUCCAGGACCACAAGGACCUCCAGGGCCUCAUGGACUUCCUGGCAUUGGGAAGCCAGGUGGGCCAGGGUUGCCAGGGCAACCAGGAGCAAAGGGUGAUAGAGGACCCACAGGACCACCAGGACCUCCAGGCCUUCAGGGUCCUAAAGGAGAGAAGGGUUUCGGGAUGCCAGGUUUGCCAGGUCUGAAGGGUCCCCCAGGUAUGCAUGGUCCACCUGGCCCAGUUGGACUGCCAGGAGUUGGAAAACCAGGAGUGACAGGCUUUCCUGGGCCCCAGGGUCCGCUGGGGAAGCCAGGGCCCCCAGGAGAACCUGGCCCACAAGGCCCCAUUGGAGUACCAGGAGUUCAAGGACCUCCUGGGAUGCCGGGAGUUGGAAAGCCAGGCCAGGAUGGGAUCCCUGGCCAGCCAGGAUUUCCAGGUGGCAAAGGAGAACAAGGACUACCAGGGUUGCCUGGACCCCCAGGUCUCCCAGGGAUCGGAAAGCCAGGCUUCCCAGGACCCAAAGGAGACCGGGGUGUAGGGGGUGUUCCUGGGGCUCUUGGGCCAAGAGGGGAAAAAGGACCAGUAGGUGCCCCUGGACUGGGGGGUCCCCCUGGAGAGCCAGGCCUGCCUGGAAUCCCAGGUCCCAUGGGCCCUCCAGGUGCUAUUGGUUUUCCUGGUCCCAAAGGAGAAGGUGGGGUUGUGGGGCCACAGGGCCCACAGGGUCCCAAGGGUGAGCCAGGACUCCAAGGCUUCCCAGGAAAACCGGGUUUUCUUGGUGAAGUGGGCCCCCCUGGUAUGAGAGGUCUGCCAGGUCCCAUAGGGCCCAAGGGGGAAGCUGGCCACAAAGGGCUGCCAGGGCUCCCUGGUGUACCGGGGCUGCUUGGACCCAAGGGAGAGCCAGGCAUACCAGGGGAUCAAGGUCUACAGGGACCCCGAGGUAUCCCCGGGAUUGCAGGCCCUAGUGGACCCAUUGGACCACCUGGGAUUCCAGGACCCAAAGGAGAGCCGGGCCUUCCAGGGCCCCCUGGAUUCCCUGGUGUAGGGAAGCCAGGAAUAGCAGGACUUCAUGGUCCCCCAGGGAAGCCUGGUGCCCUUGGGCCUCAAGGCCAGCCUGGUCUUCCUGGGCCCCCAGGCCCUCCAGGGCCCCCAGGACCCCCUGCUGUGAUGCCCCCUACACCACCGCCCCAGGGAGAGUAUCUGCCAGAUAUGGGGCUAGGAAUUGACGGUGUGAAACCUCCACAUGGCUACGCGGGCAAGAAGGGCAAGAACGGAGGGCCAGCCUAUGAGAUGCCAGCAUUUACUGCCGAGCUGACAGCACCUUUCCCACCUGUGGGGGCCCCAGUGAAGUUCGACAAGCUUCUAUACAACGGCAGACAGAACUACAACCCUCAGACAGGCAUCUUCACAUGUGAAGUCCCUGGUGUCUACUACUUUGCAUACCACGUUCACUGCAAGGGGGGCAACGUGUGGGUUGCACUGUUCAAGAACAACGAGCCCAUGAUGUACACGUACGAUGAGUACAAAAAGGGCUUUCUGGACCAGGCAUCUGGGAGUGCCGUGCUGCUGCUCCGGCCCGGAGACCGGGUGUUCCUCCAAAUGCCCUCAGAACAGGCUGCGGGACUGUAUGCUGGACAAUAUGUCCACUCUUCUUUUUCAGGAUAUUUAUUAUAUCCCAUGUAGAGAAAGAAGGAAGGAAGGAAGGAAGGAAGGAAGGAAGGAAGGAAGGAAGGAAGGAAGGAAGGAAGGAAAGGGUCAUAGAGAUUUAAUAGAAGAAAGUGACAUAAAAAACUUCCAAAUGAAAACAAACGUCUCAAAACAUUUAUAUGGUUGGAAAAUUAUAUUUAAGUGAAAAUUUGGACCAUCGUGUACAAAUAAAAACUAAGAAUCAUGUUUAAUGAUGUGCACCACAGGUUGUAAUAGAGAAUGAUGGAACAGAUUUAUAUAUCAAGUACUGACACUUGUGUUGUACCCACUGGACUCAUAGUAGCUGUUGCAUGUUGUAUGCUUCCAUAACCUGCUUAUUCAGGUCAGUCAAAAGGUGUUAGUCUGAAAGUUCAUAGCUAAUGAAAGUCAUUCACUCAUAUCGCCUCCUUUGGAAAAUAUUUAUAAAUAUGCCUUGAGAUGUCAGUGAUGACAGUUACAUACCGUAUUUACAUGCACAGUUUCCUCUAUUUGUGCAGGUGCUUUGCCAUGGGAUGUUAGAGGGGAGUUCUUCAGGGUUACUAUCCCAAUGGAAGGGGGCUACAGAGACCAUGAUCAUCUCUAGUCCAUGGAUAAUUCUCAUGCCAACAGCUGGCAGUUCUAAUGAGAAUGGUGUGCAUGUGGUCUCCUCAAAAGAGCAGGUGCACCAAUGGCCCCUCAUGUAUCUUCUCAGCACCCUCUCUGCUGAGCACUGAAUGGGAUGCUAGUGUGGGGCAUAGAACAGAGGUCACAGGGGCUCACAACCCAGCUCAGAGACCUUAACAGAUUAACUGAUCUAGUCCCAAGUUUCCAUUUUGGGUGUUUUUCUGUAACUUGAUUUUCUUUUAUUUUUCUUCCCUUCACGUAAUUUAUGAUAUGAUCCAACCUAUGUAAACACCUGGAGUUACAAACUAAAAAAAAUUCCCCCAAUAACUUUGCAGUUUUGUGGAACAUUCAUUAUUAAUUGUCAAUUCUGUUUACAUGAAUUUAAAAUCCCCCUACUUUACCCACACAUACAAUCACAGUGAAGUUUCAGUAUUUCAAUAUGUGUUUUAGUAGCUGUGAUUUUUCCCCCCAGUAACCAUGAAUUUUACAGAAAUGUUUCAUGUCAUCUGAGAUUCCAAAGCCAAUUUUCAAAAUCCAAGCCAUUUUUUCAAAUUUGGGAAAACAUUCAGAAUUACAUAAGAAAAGAAAUCUGUAUUUUAAAGGAGUAAUUAUGAAGUUUUACAUUUAAAAGCAGGUGUGUUGCUUCCAGAUAUAGGGACUAAAAUUGUAGGAAAAUAACUGUCUAACAGCAACCCAAAGAAGAGUUACCUGAAAUGCCACAGAGCAAUGGCAGCCCAUGCCUUUUACAUAGCCCCACAGAAGUCAAAGCAGGUUUAAAGGAAGAAACAAAUAUUUUCCAGAUUUCCACUGAGGUACAUACUAAAUGCUUUGGGCAUUGCACAAAACACAAACUAUUGACAAUCUGUCAUUAGCCUGCUGCUGACACAUUAGCCACUUGGGGAAAUAAUGUUGGGCUAUGGUGGUGGUAGACUCUUAUAUAUUUUCCUCAAAAAUUAUGAGUCACGAGUUGAAGCAAUAGAUACAGAUAGGAAAAUGCACAAAUAAAUAUGGUAUAAAACAUGAAACUCUCUAUGUCAAAUCUGAAUUAUUUUUACCACACAAAAAUAUUUCUCUUGGCUUAAUAGUUAUCUUUUCUCUAUAUGAUACAUAAGCUCCAUUCUCAGUUUUUAAGAGAAAUGAGUUCAUACCACAAGGUUUCUUAUUCAAUGUUAAUUGAAUAAAGCACUUUUCUCAUCCAAAAGAUGUCCUACCCAACCUCCAUUUACAAAAUAAACAGCAUUUAUGCGGCCAACUAUCCUUUGAUUGGUCUUGAUCCUAAUUUGGAUUUGGUGACUAUAGAGAUCACAUACAUGGGUCCUGAGCUCUUUCUGCUAAAUAGCUACAUUGAAAUGGCUUGGAGACAAAUCAAACCGGGUGAAUUGUAAAAUUGUUUUUAUAUGUACAUGUAUGGGCUUUUAGUUUCCAUCAAGCAAGAGAGAAAUUAUCUCUUGAGUUAAACCAAAUUUCACUUUUUGAAAUAUCUUCCAACUUAUUUAUUGGUUGUUACUCAAUUGCCUAUAUAUAUAUAUGUGUAUGUAUGUGUGUAUGUAUAUUAUCAGGCAUAUGCUUCUAACUUUUAGAUGGAGAAGGAGCAAAGUCUAUGCCAGAUACUGUGUAUUCUACCAUGGUGCUAAUCUCAGAGCUAAAUGAUACUCCAUUUAAUUUAAAGAAGAGUUUUAAAUAAUUAUCUAUGUACCUGUGUUUCCCUUUUGAGUGUUGCACAUGUUAACAUGUCAGUGUGAAAGCAGAUGAAACCGUUAUAAGUUCUAAAGUCUAGGGAUAGUACUAUGAUCCCUAUCUAAUUCAAAAUUAACUAGAGUUUUUCCAUGUGAAAUGGACCAAACUGACAUUAUCCUUAUUUAAACACAGAGUUUUAAAGCAGUAUGACAUCCCCCAGGGGAGAAGAACGUCUGUAGAGGAUGACUGUCCUCAAAUAUUUUACAGAAUACAAAGAAUGAUGAAUAGACUGGUAACUUGCUUGAGUUUCCAUGAAUAGAUCUGAGACUUAAUGGCAAAUCAAUUUUGUAUUUAAAUUUUUGUACUGAUUUGGAAAAAGUUAUUAAAUAUC